GUGACGUAGGAGGAGGGGCUUGUCGUCACAUGUGAUUAGUGGGUGUGUGUUGUCUUUUCCCUUCAGUCAGUGCGACGUUUUAUUAAAGUUGUAAGAUGGCGACGAUGCAUCUGAGGAUUGGCGAUCUGGUGUGGGGGAAGCUUGGUCGCUACCCACCAUGGCCGGGGAAGGUUGUAAGCCCUCCGAAGGACUUGAAAAAGCCCAGGGGCAAGAAAUGCCAUUUUGUCAAAUUCUUUGGAACUGAAGACCAUGCCUGGAUCAAAGUAGAACAGCUGAAGCCCUACCAUGCCCACAAAGAAGAGAUGAUCAAGAUUAAUAAAGGCAAGCGCUUCCAGCAGGCGGUCGAUGCAGUGGAAGACUUCCUAAAGAAAGCCAAGGGGAAAGAACAGAACUCAGAUGGCAAAGGAGACUCAAAAGGAAAGAAGACACCCACCAAGCCACUGAAGAUACUGGAGGAGGACGACGAGGAUCUCAGUGCCCUGAAGGAUCCCUCUGAGAAGGAUCUAACUGACUCUGACCCCGAGCCGUCCACUCUGGAGAGGCUGGGGGCUGGACCAGGCUCAGGAUUCAAUUGGGAGAGCAGUCCUGUGAAGGACGACCCACAUUUCCAUCACUUCCUCCUCAGCCAGUCUGAGAAGGUAAGAGGAAGCACGCUCAGUGUGCUGACUUCACAGCCAGCAUCAUCGAUGGAACCCAUCAGCAAGCGGCUGAAGAUCAUAGAAGAGGAGUCAGGGUCAACAUCUAUCCAAGCAGCAGACAGCACAGCCAUCAACGGCAGCAUCACACCCACGGAUAAGAGGAUAGGGUUCCUGGGUCUGGGUCUCAUGGGCAGCGGUAUAGUCUCCAACCUGUUGAAAAUGGGCCAUGUCGUCACAGUGUGGAACCGCACAGCAGAGAAGUGCGACCUGUUCAUCCAGGAGGGGGCCAGGUUAGGCCGGACUCCUGCAGAGGUGGCUUCCACGUGUGAUAUCACUUUCUCCUGUGUUUCUGACCCGAAAGCUGCCCGGGAUUUGGUCUUGGGGCCCAGCGGAGUGCUGCAGGGAAUCAGGUCCGGCAAGUGCUAUGUGGAGAUGUCCACUGUGGACCCUGGGACCAUCACAGAACUCUCCCAGGUGAUCACAUCGCGGGGCGGCCGUUUCCUGGAGGCCCCGGUGGCAGGAAGCCAGCAGCUCUCCAACGAUGGGAUGCUGGUCAUUCUGGCGGCCGGCGACAGGACCGUCUACGAGGACUGCAGCAGCUGCUUCCAGGCCAUGGCCAAGACCUCCUUCUUCCUGGGGGAAGCGGGCAAUGCAGCGAGGAUGAUGCUGAUCCUCAACAUGGUGCAGGGCAGCUUCAUGGCCACCAUCGCAGAGGGGCUGACCCUGGCCCAGGCCACGGGCCAAUCACAGCAGACCUUCCUGGACAUCCUGUGCCAGGGCCAGAUGGCAAGCACCUUUGUGGACCAGAAAUGCCAGAAUAUUUUACAGGGCAACUUCAAGCCAGACUACUAUUUGAAACAUAUUCAGAAGGACCUGAGGCUAGCCAUCUCCAUGGGCGACAAGGCCAACCAUCCGACCCCGAUGGCCGCGGCCGCCAACGAGGUGUACAAGAGGGCGAAGGCAUUGGACCAGUCGGACAACGACCUCUCUGCAGUCUACCGGGCCUACAUUCACUAGACCACACUCUAACCCCCUUCUUAUUUCACCCCUGUCAUGUAAUGAGUUUUUAAUUUAAUUUUAAACCCUGGUUGUUUUAUUUCCUUUUGCCAUAGACAUGUUAGCUGGGGCUGUGAUUCCUCUGUUCGAGACUAUGAGGGUGGAACGUUUGCUGUUAGAUGGCUCCAGAUGAGCAUGUACUACUGCAGUUUGAUUUGUGAUGGCUGUCAUGUGGUUAAGUGAUGCUUGGCGAAGACGAGGGUUCCAGAGCCGGGACUCCAGCUUCUGUGGAUGCAUAAACCUGAACCAUUUUUGUUGUUAAUGUGCAAAUAACAAGUAUAUUUAAUGAAGUGGGAUCUUUGCUUUUCUUUUAAAAUGUCUAGAAUUCCAGGAGACAAACCAUCACAAACAUGCCACUGCAUUGCCUUAUUAUUGUAACCCCUCGUGUCUCCGUUAUUUAUUUGGUUCUUUCCUUUUCAUGGAGCAGUUUAGCCAUGGCUUGUUGCUGUAUUUGAAAGCUCCUUUUCUGCUUUGUUUUUGUUUUUUCUUGAACAGAGCAACAAAUGUGAGGCCUUUUAAUGCAGUAAUAAUGAAUCCUACUCAAUGAGGCUUGAGAUUUCAAUGUUCAAAACUUUUGAUCUUGUGUUUGAAAGAAUUCUCAUUUGAAAUAAUUUUCUGUUUUAAUGCAUUACUCAAUAAUGCAUUACUCCUGAAUCUAGAUGAAUCCACAUAGUCCAUUUUAACUUUAACGUCACAUUUAAGCUCCAGCGUUGCCAGUCGACUUCUUAUCUGGUGGUUUGAGGCAAGGUAUUGAAGGAUGGUUUGAGACCUGAGGGGAUUUAAAGUGAGCUAGUGAAAGGGCUUCAGGUGAGUAAUUGAACACUUCCACUAGAAUGAGAUGUGCAAUAGAUCCAACAUCUACAUCUACACCUCAGGUCAGGAGCUGCCUGUAGUCUGACACACACACACACACACACACACACACUCAAUCUUUUGGUCCUAUUUAUGCUGUGAGAAGGUGUAACCUCGUACCGGAAUCAGACAUUAACCGAAGUGGUCCUGUUACUGCAGGUCUAAUGGGUCAGAGUGGACUUAUUCUGUGUAAUUAUGACUUGAUGGGUGGCAUGUAUUUUAUGCUCUUUUUCCUUUAGUUUGCACGUUCGUUCUAGAUCAGGCGUACUCGUUUAUUAAAUAGCAUCAGAUGUCUUUUCAAAAUGACUUGCAUGUUGGGUUAGGAAAGUCUUCUCUGGGUGAGGGCCUCUACUAUGUAGUCUCUGACCCCACAUAAGUAUGCAGAUGCUAAAGAAGCGGGCCCAGAGGGGUUGUAUGUUGGAGACUUGUCUCUUAUCGGGGGACCGAUCGCGUAACGCCUUGAAAUCCGAGCUGGAGGCGUGCGUCUGUGUGACCCUUUCUGGAGAUUAAGUUGUGGGUUGGUUUCCUUUGGAAUAUGGCCAAACAUAACAAUUCUAUGACGCCAGAAGGCCGUGUCUAUUGUUUUGGGGCCCCCUGGUGUGAGGAAGAACGUGCAGAAGAGUGCAACUAUUAGAGCUAUUUUCCAUCCGCCCCAGUACAAACUAUCGGUCCACAAUCUCCAAGCUCCCAUAAAACAGUGGUUCAUAUAAUCUGGGUCACAUUGACAUUGAUGACUCUGAUCCUGUUGAAAGAAAACAAAGAGUUUUAGGGAAUAUUUGAUUUUGUGUAGCUUACAUGUGGAAGUAUCAAGACUGUUGUGCUGUUUAAUAAACCCUCUCCUGAUUACUGA